UGAAGGAGAAUAGAUCUAGUCUACGUAAAAAUGAAUAUGAAUCUUGCACAUGCAAAGUGCAUGCGGGUCGUUGGUUUUAGAGGAAAUUUCACAUCUUGGUUAGCAAGGAGACAGAAACGUGUUGGAGAUGAGACUAGACAUUGGGGUCCACCAUUCAUCAAUGGAGAAAGCUGCUACUUUCUAUCGGUCAAUAGAAAUAAAAAGAGUCUCGCUGUAAAUCUGAAGCAUCCCAAAGGAAUAGAGGUGGUUAAGAAGUUAGUUGCAUCCAGUGAUGUGCUCCUGGAGAACUACAUCCCUGGCAAGCUGGAGGAGCUAGGUCUAGGGUAUGACAGCCUCAGAGAAACCAAUCCUGGUCUAAUCUACUGUUCAAUUACAGGUUAUGGCCAGACUGGACCAUACUCGGAGAGGGGUGGCUAUGACCUCAUAGCAGCAGGCUUGGGAGGACUGAUGAAUAUCACAGGCCCACAGGAAGGGGAUCCAUGCAAAGUAGGUGUGGCGAUGACAGAUCUGUCCACCGGUCUCUAUGCCAAAGGUGCCAUUCUAGCAGCUCUAUUACACAGAAUGCAGACAGGAGAAGGCCAGAGAAUUGAUACCAAUCUCUUAUCAACACAGGUUUCAUUAUUGACCCAUCUCGCUACAAAUUACCUAAUGGAUGGCAGGGAGGCUAAGAGGAGAGGCACCCAACAUGAAAGCAUAGUACCAUAUCAGGCAUUCAAGACUGCUGAUGGGUAUCUGAUCAUAGGCGCUGGUAAUGACAGAGCAUUUCAGACCUUAUGUAAGAGGAUAUGUCUCUCGGAGCUAGCUGAAGACCCUCAGUACAAGACCAACGCACAAAGGGUUCUAAAUAGAGAUGUGCUUCUACCUGUCUUGUCGAAAAGGUUAUCUGAGAAGAAGACCAGCGAUUGGAUGGAAGUGCUGGAGGGGUGUGGCUUCCCCUACGGACCAAUCAACACGAUGGGUCAGGUGUUUGAUGACCCCCAGGUCAAGCAUAAUGAUCUGGUUCAGGAGAUUGAUCAUCCGACAGCGGGAACGAUGAGGGUACCAGGCCAUGCCGUCCAGUACAGCACCAUAUCAACCAAAGAAAAUUUUCCCUCUCCCUUGCUUGGACAGCAUACAGCAGACAUUCUCACCAAUCUUCUUGGAUACACAAAAUCUCAGGUGGAAGAGCUUCACAGGGAUAAAGCUAUAGCUCUCCCAUGAGACUGGACUCCCUUUUACAUCUGUUGAAGACAGAGGUGAGGUACAGGUCUACCCAAGAAGAAUUGAUAAGAAUGGUUUGUCUCCCUUGCUCGGACAGCAUACAGCAGACAUUCUCACCAAUCUUCUUGGAUACACACAGUCUCAGGUAGAACAGCUUCACAGCUAGGAUAAAGCUUUGAGACCGGACUCCCUUUCAUCUGUUGAAGACUCUACUGCUACGGUGUUUUCUUCUAUAAUACUUAUUUUUCCAGGAACCUAUGAUAUACAAGCACUGCUUUUUAAUAGGUUCCUCAUAUUCUUAAUAAUCUAUUAUAUGAAUUUAGAAUCAUUGAGACUACUUGUAUUUCAUAAUUUUUUAUUUCAUAUGUAUGUAAAAUUUUGUAAAAUGUGUAACAAUAACAACUUGAAACUGUUGAAGAACAAGUUGAGGAGGUUCAGGUCUACCCACCAAGAAUUGUUGAGAGCCAGAAGGAUGGAACUCAUUAUUUUUACAGAGAGUUCAUGCCAUUUUGGUUUUCAACAAACAAGAUAUUCGGAUGAGCAAUUGUAGCCGUUAAUGUCUUUCUUUACAGUAUAUCGAGGGGUCAGUGACACAAAGACGUAACUUCA